GCGAACGAAUUGAUUCAUAUUAAUCAAUUCGUUGGUGAAUGAUUUUCGAAAAAUGAAUCUAUUUUCGUAUUUCGUACGCGAAUGGUUCUUUCAAAAUUUUCAUAAUAAGCAAAUACUUGAGUAUAACCUUAAUGGAAACUUACACCAUAAAAACAUUGAUAAAGAAAAGACAAUUACUACUUUCAAGAAAGUAAGAAAGUACAUACUAUAAGUAAUUACCCACAAAAGACAAGUACUUCAAACAAAAACGAAGGUUUACAAUGACCAGAAAAAAAUUUAUAUUUUUUGACAACAGUAGGUAUCUACUCGUGUGUGUUUCAAUACGCAAAUAAAAUUGAAAAGGAAAGUUCUAGAAAAAUCCAGUAAUCGAUGACUUCUUCUCCACUUGCCGAUCAGGAUGAAAUCACAUCAGCCAAGUUAAUCGCCUAUGCCAAAGGAUUACAAAGACAGGAUGCUUUAGAUAUCGGAUUUGAGAAUACUAAACUAUGGGGCUCAAAACGUCUAUUGGUGGCAAUACUCAUGUUCUUCAGUUAUUUUUACAUAUUCAUGCUGCGAGGAAAUUUAAGCAUAGCGAUUGUGGAAAUGACAUCCGAGAAAAAUACUACCUCGGGAGAUCAAAUCAUUACCCAAAAACCAGAGUUCGCAUGGGACAUGAAAACCAAAGCAUGGCUAUUGAGCUUGUUUUCUUACGGAUAUGCGUGCGCCAUAUUUGGAGGAUAUCUGUCAACAAAAUAUGGUGGUGUCACUGUUAACGGUUUGGGGAUUUUGUUGACUGCUAUCUUAACCAUCUUAUCUCCUUUCUUUCUCCGCGUGAACUUUUAUUUAUUCGCAAUUGGGCGAAUAGUCGAAGGAACAUUCGAUGGCUUUGCUUAUGCAGCAACGUGCGAUAUUUGGAGCAGAUGGAUUCCAAUGAACGAACUGCCACAAGUCAUCGCUUUUAGUCAUGUUGGACAUAACGUAGCUGCAGCUUUAACGUUUCCUCUGUGUGGUUUGAUAGCUCAACAUUUCGGAUGGGCGAUGAUAUUUUAUUUCUCAGGCACAUUUGCAAUUAUUUGGUGCAUUAUAUUUCUCACAAUGAUUCGAAAUGAUCCAUCACAAGAUGCAAAAAUCUCUUCAGGAGAGUUGAGAUACCUCAAACGAAGCAUAGAAUUCAAAAAGCGAGAAAAUAUCAAAUAUCCCUGGAAUAAGAUCAUAAAAUCCAAGCCACUAUGGUGUUUAUGUUUGAAUAAAAUUGCUUACAGCUGGAGUAUGAUGACUUUGGUGUAUUGCUUGCCUUUGUACAUCAAAGAUGUAACCAAAAAAAACACAGCUCAGGUGGGAUUUAUUUCCGGCAUUCCAAAUAUGGCAAAUUUGAUUAUAACUCCGAUCACUGGAUUGUUUCUCGGAUAUUUACAAAAUAGGCCAGGUUUGAAUUCAUCUCAGUUACAGAAAUGGAUGCUGAUAAUGGUACUCUCGUUAUCAGGAGCACUGUUCAUUGCAGUAGGAUUUACUAGUUUUGCAGUGACAUUGAUAAUAUUUGUAAUUCUGGUGGCCUUAUUUUCAAUAAUUAGUACUUUAUUACAAGUGAUGGUUAUAUCGAUAUCGCAUGACCAUGCUGGACUUGUGGCUGGUAUAUCUGCAUUCUGGUAUUCAAUCAGCUCAAUUGUAGCCCCCCUGACUAUUGGAUUCAUAGUUGUUAAUCACACUUGGCAAGAAUGGUGCAUUUGUUUUGGCUUGAAUGGAGGUGUAGUGAUAUUUACUGCUAUAAUGACGGCGUUAUACGGAUCCAACGAUGAUCAGCAAUGGUCAUCGAUAAAUCAAGAUGAAGACAUUGAUACAAUCGAUACAAGACCCCAAAAUACGAAUGUAACCCAAUAAAGAGAUUUUUAUAAACGAGAAACUCAUCAUUUCGUCACCGCUUUGUGAAUCAUUUGAGACAAUAAUAGACCUGUCGGAGUCAAAACAAAAAAUAAAAAUAAUCAUUCCAAGUAAUGAAUCUUAAAUACCUACCUAACAGCGAAAAAUAAACAAUCUACAUUUUCAACACGAGUAUUUUCCACUAAACCGAAUUUCAUACUUGUAAGCCCAAAAAC